UGACCGGCCUGUGAGUCAGUGAAGCUGUGGCUUUGUCUUUAUAUAGUGUGAGUGUAUGCCUAAGUGUGUAUCUGUGGGUUUACUGAUCAGAAGAGGGGAAAAAAAGCACCUCAGCAUGCUGUUCAAGCUCUUCAUUACCCUCCUGCUCAUCCACAGUCCGGUGUUGGGUGAAAGUUCUUCUGAAGAAGAUAAUGGAAGCAGUGAACAAGAAGGGCAUACAAAAGGUUCAUCCAAUGGCAAUCACUGGGGCUAUAAUGACCAGAGAUCAUGGCGGAGCACCUUUGGAGACUGCGGUGGAACCUCUCAGUCUCCUAUUGACAUUGAGACAAGAGACGUCAGUUAUAAUCCCAGUCUGCCAGCUAUAAAAUUACAAGGGUAUGAUUUAAGUGGUCAACCUGGAUUGAAACUGGAAAACAAUGGGCACACUUUGCAGCUCCAGUUGCCCAAGACUAUGCGUAUAGUAAAAGGAUUUGACCAGGUCUACUUGGCAGCCCAAUUGCAUUUUCACUGGGGGACCACAGAGGUUCCUGGUUCAGAGCACACCAUUGAUAAUGUCCACUUCCCUGCUGAGAUCCAUGUGGUACAUUAUAAUUCAAAAUAUGAAAAUAUUAAAGAGGCUGCAACCAAACCGGAUGGACUCGCUGUGUUAGGAGCCUUCAUCGGGAUUGGUCUUCAUGAGAAUGAAAACUAUGGAAAAAUCCUGUCUGAAAUUAAAGAUGUGAGUGCUGAGGAGUCGAGCACUACAAUCCCCAGUUUCAAUGUUCGUCACCUUCUGCCAAACAGUCUGGAGAGGUUUUUCAGAUACUCUGGGUCUCUCACAACUCCACCAUGUUACCAAUCAGUGACCUGGACUGUAUUCAAUGACACAAUUACAGUCUCAAGGAAACAGCUGGCUGCUCUGGAGUUGACACUGAAAGCAGGACACAACCAUAGCUUAUCCGAAAACUUCAGAGCUCCACAAAAUCUUAACGGAAGACAAGUUCUGGCCUCUUUCCAAUCUUCACAUAAUGUAUAUGACAAACUAUCUCGAGGUGACAUCUUGGCCAUUGCUUUUGGAGUGUUGUUUGCUCUGACUUUGCUCCUGUUCUUCCUGUAUGCUUAUCGACAGCGACAAAACCACUCAAAGAUGUCUGACACCAGACAAAAUGUUAUCUAUAAACAAGCAACCAAAGAAGAUGUGUAAAGCUGCCACGUGUGCUUUGGUUACAAACAAUACAGUGCCAGUUAAAAGUGCUUACGCUUAUAGAGACAAAUGCAUGUUCCCUUAUGUUUAUAUGCAACACACUACAAGUUAAAAGGCAAAAACAUACACGAAAUGGACUGUGAAUGACUGGAAGAAAGUUUUGUGGAUAUUCCAAAUGUGACAUUUUACAGAAGAUCUUCUUUAAGAUUCUAAACAGGACAGAUGUUAGCAGACUGCCUCAACUCCACAAACAUGGAGGUGGAAGCUUAAUGGUUUGGGGUUGUGGAAGGUUGGAGAUUCAUUUCGGGUGAAAGGAAAACUGAACCAACAUGGCUACCAUUCCAUACUUCAACACCGACUUCACCAUACAACAAAACGAUGAGCCGAAGUGGACGUCAAGGACUCUUCGAAUUUUAUUAAAACAGAAAAGGGUAUUUAUGCAAUUUUAUAUAUGUAUAGUUUAUUGGAUUAUGCACACUUUAUCCAGGGCAAAUUACAUUUUUUUUGUCAUUUUAUACAACGAGUGUUAAGGGGCCCUGCUCAAGGGCCCAUCUGUGGCAGCUUGGUGGUGCUUUGAACUCAUUGCCUUUUAAUCAGAAGUCAAACAUCUUAACCACUGAGCAACCACUUUCCCUAAAUUUCUGAGGAAGAACUGACAUAUAAGGUAAACCUAUAUAUCAAACAGAGACAUAAACAACCUCAGCAGAAUGUGGGUCAUAUAAACCAGUGACCAUUUGUAGGGCAAUAAAAGUAUGUGUUAGUAAAGGAGCCAUUUUACUGAAUAGAUUUUAAUGAAAAUAAAGUGGAACAUCUGUAUAUAUGUUACACCCCCGAGUUUGUUGCAUAGAAACAAAAGGAACAUGCAUGUGUCUUUCAAACCAUAAAAGACUCCAAACUUUCCAAUCUUCUCACACUCUAAGGUCAUAUUAUCGAGUUGCUGUCAAGACAUUGCUGAAUGUUAUAUAGAAAAACAGGAUCUGUUAAUGAAUUGCAAUUGUAUUGUAUUAUUGUCUUUAUUCUUGUAAUUACUACCUUGUUGUCUCUUGUGGGCUUUAAUUUAAAAAAGGAAGAUGUAGUUUUGUUGUAUCACAAAAAAAUUCUCACUUCCAUUUUUGCAGUAUAGAAACGCAUUUAAUUGUUGUAAGGCCGUACGAGAAGCCAUGACCUAUUUCUGACCAUUUUCAAAAAAUCUUGUUCCGUGUUUAAACUUCGCACCGAAUUACCGUGUUAACAAUGUGUUCAUGUUACGUUGAUGAUACGCACAAAAAUCCGUACUCUAUAAAUCAAUGAGAACAAUGAAUGGGUUUCAGUCAAACAAGAGGAAAGAGACGGAAAAAUGGACAAACUACGACAUAUCUGUUUAACUAAACAUGGUGGUUGAGCAAAGUAGUCACUAUGUAAUCACAGCAAAGUGACUGGUGUUUGUGAAUCAUUUGCUCUGUUUACAAAAGGCAAUGUCUAUUCAACCACAACAUGAUAAUGUACACAGGUCAGACAAAGUUCAUGCUAACUGAAGUGAACUGAUCUGGCGGCUUUGCUAUCGAACAUUAAAUGAAAACCUCAAGAGGUGGAACUGUGAGUGGCUGAUUUGCCAACGUUGCAAUUAAAAACUCAUACAUGCCACUAACACAUGAUAACCUUGUUUAUGGGGAUUGUUUUCUUCAGAAUUUGAUGCCUGUAGUAUACCAUGCAUUUUGUAAUAAAGAUACAAAUGAAUUAU